AUGGAAGGUGAAUUCGUAAAGGAAGCAAAAUUAUCAACAUACAGAAAUCUAUCACAUUUUGAUAGCAACGACAAUAUCAACUGUUGUGAUGAGGAUAUUCUUCAAAGUGUAUGGCAGCGUACUGAACAACAUCCUGUUUUGAACGAUCGUAUAGUUAAUGAACUUAUGGACGGCAUGGACUUUGAUAACAACAACAACAACAACAAUAAUAACAUCAGCAAUCAAAACUUUGAAGACAUCACUGGAAUGCUUUCAUCAUCAUUUCCAUCUGGCUCAAUCCAAGACACCAGUAUGAAUAAUGAAACUGAAAUGCUUUCAAAUAUUGUAACAUCAACGCCACAACAUAAGCAUAUGGAUUACUCGACUGCUGAUACAGAUUAUAAAAUGGAAGCGCAAGUAGAAUUUAAUAAUGCGAGUCCCAUCCCAUUUACAUCGCAGAAUCGGAAGUUGAAAAGACGACGUGGCCUCAACUCUGAAUUUGACGAAACACUUCAAAGGGCAGCUAAAGUGCUCAAGCUUUAA